AUGGAACAUAUAAUAAUAAAGGCUGAAGGUACUGAAAACUAUGGGUCAAUGGAUAUGUCCCCUGAGUGCAGACCAAGACCAUUAAGUGAUAGAAAUUCAUAUGGGGAAUAUGUGAUCAUAGCGAAAACGAUAUUUUUAGGGCCUCAUUGGCCUUUAUUUGCUGCUACUUUGAUUGGAUUCAAUGUCUUUGCCUAUAUAAUGAUGAGACAAUAAAAAGCUUUGGGUCACGAUAUAACUUUUGGGAUAAUUAUAACAUUAGCAUAAUCAAUACUUUACUUAGGUGUUGGAUUGGCUAAUCCAGGAAUUGCAAAUGACUCACAGUUGAAUUAGAAAUAUCUUGGAUAGUUGUACUCUUUGUCGAAUAGGCCCUAAUAAAGAAAUGUAUGGUAUUGUGAAAAAUGUUAAAAAAUCUAACCUGCUCGAUCUGAUCAUUGCCCAUUUUGUAGAGUUUGUAUUACAAAUUAUGACCAUCAUUGUCCUUGGACAGGGAAAUGCAUCGGAGGUGAGAAUCUAUUUCAUUUUUGGGCUUUUCUUAUCUCAACAAUUAUUUUCUUCACUUAUUUUGUUACAAUAUUGCUGAAUCAAAGAGAGGAUGCCAAAAAUUAAUGA